CCUCCGUCUACACCUCCGCUUCAAAUUGAAUCGUACUGAAUACAUAUCGACGAAGGCGAUUGUUGCCAAUCUCCAGAAUUCUUCGCGCCGAGCAUAUCCCCCAUCCACUGCUACGCCCGUCGUUCUUUCGACGGCCUGGCGCCUUCAUGUCAUUUCAAAGCAAUGAUCCCAAAUCUGCCCUGACACGCUACGCACAAACUAAAGAUCCCAGCAAGCUCCCGCGAGACGUCUGCCUCACCUACGAUGAUUGGACAAUCGUCAUCUUUGACGCUUACGAGAAGGCCAAGUUCCACUUCCUUGUCUUGCCACGCAUCCCAUUUCCUCUCUCCGACUCUGUCCAAUCAGAACACAAACAGCAAAAUUCGCAACCAGGUGGCACGGAUUAUGCCACGGUGAAAGGACUAGGUUCACCUGCAACUGAUGGCUGUGGCGCGGGCAGCGCCUUAAGCGAUGAUCGCGCAAGCAAGAAGCCCAAGCUCGCCCUUGCUGGAGACAAGCUGGCUUUUGGGACCACGGGUUGUAAAACUGUGCCGACCCGCCACUUGCAGGACAUCAACACGCUCCUAGCCUCGCCGUACGCCUCCCAAGUCUUUGGCAGGUUGAAAGCAAUGGCAGAGCGCGUCAAAAGCAUCAUCCUCUCCGAGAUGCCGCGGGCAACUCUCGAUGCGAUCCCGUUCAAGGGACACACCCAUGCUACUGCAAGUGUAGAACAAUGCCUGGUGACCUGGCCGGUGCACUUGGGCUUUCAUGCGAUUCCGAGCAUGUCGACGGUGCAUUUGCACUGUAUAUCUUGCGACCUCGUCUCUGAGCGACUCAAGAGAAAGCAUCACUACUUGAGCUUCAAACACGAUCACGGCUUCUUCUUGCAUACCCGCGAUAUUGAGCAGUGGAUUCGAGAAGGCAGAAAGGCGCAGCCAAAGAGCACAGCCGAGUUGCACAAGCUGCUCAAAGCGGAUCUUGUCUCAAUAUGGGACGCGAAUUUGUACAAGGAUAUGCCAAGUCUGAAGCGACAUCUGGAGACUGAAUGGAAAGCAGACAUUCAGCGCAGACAACAGUCAGAAAGGAAUGAGCACCAGCAAGGGCAAAGCACAAAGAUGAUAUCAACGGCUGAAGUGAUACGACUUUGUUGAUAUUGCGCUACAAUACAACUCGUUCGCAAUGUGGUAAAAGAAAUUGUUCAGCAUUAUUGCUCGGGAUUGAACUGUGUUGGGAAAAGAAGAGAUGUAAAGGGUGAGGAGCAUGGCGAGCCUGAUAGUCUUGUCUGGACUUCCGAGCCGCAAGUGCUACCACGAGCCUUGUGAAGUACUGUAAAAUGAUAUUCUAUGCAACGGAAGGCAUGG